AGAAAAAAGAACAUACCUAUAUCACAAACUCUCAAUCGAGAUUUUCCAAUUGGAACAUGUCUGGAAUUGAUCAGCAAACUAGCUGCUCCAACCCUUCUCGUUUCUUCUGCGCCAUGAGCGAGCCAAACCCAUCUCGCAGAAGAUCAAAACUCAUCAACUUCUUCAAAGAAAUGCCUCUAAGAGACGACCAAGAACAUGUUCUUGCGCUGAAUGGUCUUUGGAACAUCGCAAUGAAGCACCCCAACGACCCGGAAUUCCCAUCUCUCGGAGUGUUUGAAUGCCUUGGAAGGCUAAUCCAAAGAGCCGUCAGUGACAAGAGAUGGCUGCUCCACGAUCAAAACAUCUAUAUCCCUUACUAUGCAGCUCAUGUUAUAGGCUCAUACACAAUGAACAAGGCUGAGUUCGCAGACAUGGCCGCGAAGUCGGGGGUGGUUUUGCCAUUGAUGGAGCUUCUGAGGGGAAAGAUCACUUGGGUCGAGAAGCGAGUCGCGGUUAGAGCUCUCGGGCACAUGGCUAGCCAUGACACGAGUUUUGAAGCCAUUGCGGCGCUUCAUGAACGUGAGAUUGUGGAAUUAGCCAUGGAAGUAGCUUCUACUUGCGUGGAAGAGGUUUAUGAAGAGUUUGCUUGUGUGAAGGAAUUUAAGAGAUUGAAUUACCAUUGUAAUUUGCUCACAAGAGGGCUUGGAGUGUUGGAGACAGAGAACAGAAAAGCCGAGGAAUGGGCUAGUCAGCUCCAGUGUUGGUCAUUGUAUCUUCUCAAUUGUUUUGCAUGCAGAGAAAGGUCUUUGAGUUUGAUUUGUGAUAAAGAGUUCUUGAAAAAAGUGUGUAAAAUGUGGGGCGGUUUGACUAAUCCUAAAUCACCGGCUGGGAUUGGACUGAUCAGAACUUUGUGCAAGACCGAAAGCGGAAGACAAAGUUUGGCUGAUUUGGAGGAAGUUAUAGAGGCAAUAUGUAAUGUCUCAAGGUCAUCAGAUGAUUAUCAGAUGAUGGGAAUUGAUUGCCUUUUGCUUCUUCUCAAAGACCCAGAAAGCAGAUAUAAAGUCAUUGACAUUGCAGUUUUGUUUCUUGGCGAUCUUGUGGAGCUUGGAAGUAGAGAAGGAAGGCCAAAAGUUGGUCAGAGAAUCACACAGGCGCUUCUCCAAGAUUACCACAAAAUAAAGUAUGGGAAAAUGAGGUUGAGGAGUGAGAAAGCGGAGAAAAUGUUGGGGGAGAUAUGGGAUUUGAAGGUUGAUAGGAAGAGGAGAGAGAAGUUACUGUGUGAACAUGAGAUUAGAGAGAGAAAAUUGUCGGCGGCGAAAUUGAAAAAACAAGGGAAUCUAUACUUUUGGUCAGGGGACAUAGAAAAGGCUGUGAUGAAGUACUCGAAAGCUUUGGACUUGUGUCCAUUGAAAAGGAGGAAAGAGAGAAUUGUGCUUCAUAGCAAUAGAGUUCAGUGUCAUUUACUAUUGAGAGACCCGGAAUCAGCCAUUAGUGACGCAACAAGAGCACUUUGCCUAUCCAGUGAGGUGAGUCCUCAUGGUAAGAGCCUGUGGAGGCGAUCGCAGGCUUACGAUAUGAAAGGGUUGGCACGAGAGAGCUUGAUGGACUGCUUGAUGUUUGUCAAGGGCAGGAUCAGGUCUGACAAGACCAAACGUGAGAGGAUACCGUACUACGCUGCGCGUAUGAUGAACAAGCAGAUGAAUGCCACGUGGAUUUUCGCAUCCGCGGCUAGGUUAAGGUCGCAUAACAAAGGAGAAGACGACAAAGUACGUGAAACCAACGGCCGUGAUGAAGUUGAUAACAUGGUGAUAAAGAUCAACGGUCUUCCAAGUGAGUCCGUCAAUAUGGAAAAGCCAUGGAGGAGAAGAAAGCUAGAAAUGGUAGGACGUAGUGGAAAAGAGUUUCGCCGUCAUCACCAGAUUGGCAGUUCGGCACACAUGAAAAAAGGUAAGAAUCUAGAGAGCUCAAUCAAUGCUGUGAGACACAAUAUAGGAGUUGGACUGUGAAGAUUGAUCAAUGAAUAUUGACCGUUGAUCAUUAGCAUGCGGGUCAAACGUCAACUGGACUAUGAAGAUUGAUCAAUGAAUAUUGACUGUUGAUGAGCGUGCGGUCCAGCGUCUCCACGAUACGAUGAGUACAGUAUAUGUAGUACAUGUAUUCAUAUUCUGGUUUACGGAACCUCCACGCGUACAUACUGUACAUUUCAAUGUAAUUCAGAAAUAUCAGAACAAAAGCCUUCAGUUUCAUCCAUAAAGAUAGGGACCCAUUACGCCAAAUUCAAGAUAGCAAUGUUAGAAAUCCCUCUCUUUGGAAA